UUCGGCUUCUGUUACUGGAAGAUUAAGAAGAGCAAGACUUAUAAGGAGAUUUUGAAGAAAAACUUUGGAAGCGAAGGAGCCACAUUAGAGUCAUUGCAGUUCAAUUUGGCAACAAUUGAAGCUGCAACAGAUAAGUUCUCGAUUGAAAAUAGAAUAGGCAAAGGUGGAUUUGGAGAAGUCUACAUGGGCAUUCUUCCUGACGGUUGCAAAAUAGCAGUAAAGAGAUUGUCAGAAAAUUCUAGUCAGGGAUUAUUAGAAUUCAAGAAUGAGGUUCUACUAAUUGCCAGACUUCAACAUAGAAACCUGGUGGCAUUAUUAGGAUUUUGCUUAAAAGAUCAAGAGAAAAUACUUAUUUAUGAAUACGUUCCCAACAAGAGCCUUGAUUACUUUUUAUUUGGUUCACAAAAGUCAAGAGUGUUAAAUUGGUUGGAGCGUUAUAAAAUUAUAGAAGGAAUUGCUCGAGGAAUUCUUUAUCUCCAUGAACAUUCACGUCUAAAAGUAAUACAUCGAGAUCUCAAACCUAGCAAUAUUUUGCUAGAUGAUGAAAUGAAUCCAAAAAUUUCUGACUUUGGCAUGGCAAGAAUGGUUGGUAUUAAUGAAACUAGAGGAAACACAAAUAGAAUUGUUGGAACAUUGGGCUACAUGUCUCCAGAAUACAUUAAGUUUGGACUAUUUUCUGAGAAAUCAGAUGUUUACAGUUUUGGAGUCAUUGUCUUAGAAAUUAUAAGUGGAAAGAAUAUACACUCGCAAUGUGAAUCUCAUGAAUCUCAAUAUACUGGCAGACUCUUAAGUGAUGCUUGGAAGCAUUGGAGGGAUGAAAGAUUGACAGCUAUAUUGGAUUCGAAUCUGACAGAAGCUGGGUCACAUGGUGAAAUAAUCAAAUGCAUCCAUAUCGGCUUGUUGUGUGUCCAGGGAAAUCCGGGAGCAAGGCCUUCCAUGAAUAAAGUUAUUCAAUAUCUGAAUAAUGAUUCAAUGCAAUUGCCAAUUCCUCAAGAACCAGCAUUCUUCAUCCACAGUCAAAUGGAACCAGCAGCAACCAGUAGAGAAAUGGAGGCUCCACCUGGCAACCACAAUCAAUAUUCCAUCAACAAAAUGUCAGAGAGUAUAAUAUCUCCUCGCUAG